AUGAGCUCCGCUUCGUUCCAACGCCUUGCGCUGCGGCCGAUACUGCCUCCUCACGCCCCUCGACCGCCGUUGCCGAAACGCAGGCUUGAACCGUUCUUUAGACAGCCAUGGCAUAAGCACGCCGUUCGAUGGGGCUUGUACCGGCCACUCAUGAGGGCCUUGGGAUGGACUCGACGGGACGCAACGGACAUGAGCAUCAACCGGCUACGACUGGACGCCGAGGGGAAAGCGCGGAAGAAGAUUCGGAUAGGUGACUCGCUGGUGUACACGAAGGUCAACCAUAUGAAGAAGAAGGAGUUCGACAGGAUCUCGGCGGCUGCCGCUGAGUCUGCUGCGUCUUCGAAACCGCCGAGCACGCCGUAUCCUGCUCUUCUCCAAACGGCUCGGAAACGGUUCCGGAAACAUCGGGGCCAGACAUCGUCCGACCGCGUCAUCUAUCUUCUGAAGGAGUACGAGUCAAUGCUCGGCGACCUUACGGGUGGCUCUGCGAUGGCGGCACAGCGCCUGUGGGAGGCGGAGAAUAAGGCUGCGUCGCACCUCGAGCAGCUGCCGAAGCCGGUCACGAAGUUCACAAAGAUCGAAGAGAAGCCUCGCCUGACGGGUGGCUUCCUGCGCCCGACAGUGUUCAACCCGCCAUUACCGCGCCUGAAGCCGCAGCCGCUGCGCCUCUCGAUGAUGAUCAAGCGGCGCAUCAAGCGGCGGGACGCGCGCAUUGAGAUGUUCCGCCAGCUCCAGGACAAACAAGAGGAUAUGCGCAAGGAGGUCGGCUUUCUGCGCAGCCUUGGUAUCGACUGGCCCGAGAAGAUUGGGGACUGGUCGUCCGGCGUCGGUGCCCGCUCAUGGGAGACCGAGUUCAACCGCCAAAUGAAGGCCAUCGACGAGCAGUUUGCCCGCGAGCAAAAGCGCGCAGAGAUGAAGUACACCGACAAGAUGUACAUCCGCAUCAUGCGCGCAAAGCGGGAGAAGUACGAGCGUCUCGCGAAGCGUGCCGAGAGGAGGAAGCAGCAAAAGUUGCAGCAGGAGCAACUGGCUGCUGAGCAGGCAGAGGCGGCCCCGGUCUCGGAUUCCAGGAAGCCGUGA